GGUGUAUUUGUCAGGAGAGGUGACAAGAACAGAAAUACAUGAAGCAAGGCUAUGAAGAAAUCUUUUAAUAACAGAACCAAGGAGUCUAACUGAACAAUCAAGCAUUUUCUCAGAUACCUAUAUGUUCUCAAAGGCGAUAGUAAACCUAAACCCCAAACCUUUCGUAUGUCCUGAAUGUGGAAAAUGUUUUCGCUAUCACUCAAUUCUUAUUAGACAUCAGAGAACUCACACAGGAGAGAAACCAUUCUCAUGUUCUGAAUGUGGAAAAUGUUUUAGCUAUCACUCAAUUCUUAUUAGACAUCAGAUAACUCACACAGUAGAGAAACCGUUCUCAUGUUGUGAAUGUGGAAAAUGUUUUACCUACAGAGCAGAUCUUGUCCGUCAUCAGAGAACUCACACAGAAGAGAAACUGUUGUCAUGUUCUGAAUGUGGAAAAUGUUUUACCUACAAAGCAGCCCUUGUCCAUCAUCAGAGAACUCACACAGGAGAGAAACCGUUCUCAUGUUCUGAAUGUGGGAAAUGUUUUACCUACAAAUCAGACCUUGUCCGUCAUCAGAGAACUCACACAGAAGAGAAACCGUUCUCGUGUUCUGAAUGUGGAAAAUGUUUUAGGCUACCUUCAAAUCUUGUUGGACAUCAGAGAACUCACACAGGAGAGAAACCGUUCUCAUGUUCUGAAUGUGGAAAAUGUUUUACCUACAAAUCAGACCUUGUCCGUCAUCAGAGAACUCACACAGAAGAGAAACUGUUGUCAUGUUCUGAAUGUGGAAAAUGUUUUACCUACAAAGCAGCCCUCGUCCGUCAUCAGAGAACUCACACGGGAGAGAAACCGUUCUCAUGUUCUGAAUGUGGAAAAUGUUUUACCUACAAAGCAGACCUUGUCCGUCAUCAGAGAACUCACAUAGAAGAGAAACCGUUCUCAUGUUCUGAAUGUGGAAAAUGUUUUAGGCUACAUUCAAAUCUUGUUGGACAUCAGCAAACUCACACGGGAGAGAAACCGUUCUCAUGUUCUGAAUGUGGAAAAUGUUUUACCUACAAAGCAGACCUUUUCUGUCAUCAGAGAACUCACGCAGCAGAGAAACUGUUCUCAUGUUCUGAAUGUGGAAAAUGUUUUACCUACAAAGGAGACCUUGUCCGUCAUCAGAGAAUUCACACAGGAGAAAAACUGUUCUCAUGUUCUGAAUGUGGAAAAUGUUUUACCUACAAAGCAGCCCUUGUCCGUCAUCAGAGAACUCACACAGGAGAAAAACCGUUCUCGUGUUCUGAAUGCGAAAAAUGUUUUUUCACUAAUGCAAAGCUUGUCCAUCAUCAGAGAACUCACACAGGAGAGAAACCGUUCUCCUGUCCUGAAUGUGAAAAAUGUUUUGUCACCAACAGCGAUCUUGUCCGUCAUCAGAGAAUUCACACUGGAUUAAAACCGUUCUCAUGUUCUGAAUGUGAAAAAUGUUUUUUAACCAAAGCCAACCUUGUCCGACAUCAGAGAACUCACACAGGAGAGAAACCGUUCUCAUGUUCUGAAUGCGAAAAAUGUUUUUUCACCAAUACAAAGCUUGUCCAUCAUCAGAGAACUCACACAGGAGAGAAACCGUUCUCAUGUCCUGAAUGUGGAAAAUGUUUUGUCACCACCAGCAAUCUUGUCCGUCAUCAAAGAAUUCACACUGGAGUAAAACCGUUCUCAUGUUCUGAAUGCGAAAAAUGUUUUUUAACCAAAGCCAACCUUGUCAGACAUCAGAUAACUCACACAUGAGUGAAACUGUUCUCAUGUCCUGAAUGUGGAAAAUGUAUAGUGCAACAUUCAGAUCUUGUCAGUCAUCCAAAAACUCACACAGGAGAGAAACCGUUCUCGUGUUCUGAAUGGUAAAAAUGUUUUUUCACAAGUGCAGAGCUUGUCCGUCAUCAGAGAACUCCCACAGGACAGAAACCGUUCUCCUGUUCUGAAUGUGAAAAAUGUUUUUCUACCAACAAAGAUCUUGUCCGUCAUCAGAGAAUUGACACUGGAGUAAAACCGUUCUCAUGUUCUGAAUGUGAAAAAUGUUUCGUCACAAAUGCAGGGCUUGUCUGUCAUCAGAGAACUCACACAUGAGUGAAACUAUUUUCAUGUCCUGAAUGUGGAAAAUGUAUAGUGCAACAUUCAGAUCUUGUCCGACAUCAGAACUCACACCGGAGAGAAACCAUUCUCAUGUUCUGAAUGUGAAAAAUGUUUUGUCACCAACACAGAGCUUGUUCGUCAUCAGAGAACUCACACAGGAGAGAAACCAUUCUCGUGUUAUGAAUGUGGAAAAUGGCUUUCUGUUAAACAUAAUCUUGUCAAACAUAUAUAUGCAUCUAUGGAUUAACAUAGGAAUAAAAUAUCUUGUAUUGUGAAUAUUUCUAAUGCUGACACAAUAAAUGGUAACUUUGAUAGUAGCAGUCAACAUACAUAUGAUGUAUUGGUAUUGUGGCACCCCCAUACUAUCGUCCAGAGGUGCCUGACUUCUGCUCCACUUGGUUGUGGACUCACCGGCAACGCAGUAUACAAUCAGGAUACAUUGUGGUUGUAUGUUCUGGCUGUUAUAAAGUAUACUAACUAACCUGUUCCACUGGUAAAACACUUCAAUGAAUAUGGUUCCUUAACAUAACUUAAAGUUCCUCUGACUGAGGAAUGUAAAUUAGGUUAAGCUAAUUACCUCUCGGGGUCCUUUAUUAUUACCUGCGCUCUUCCCAAAUCCCAAUGCAUAUUUACACAAAUGGAAGUUAAUUAGUUACUCCAAUGGCUAUUAAUAGAUUGAUGUCCACCUGUGACAUAAAGGCAAACCUUUUAGGUGGGUCCUAUACUGACUAUUCAUCUUGCUUCUGUCGAAGAUAUCUAAACUGAGACUGAUAGGGGUAUUUCUCUUAUCCCUACAUGCUUAUUAACUCUUAAUUGGGAACACAUGGGGUGGGUGUCAGCCGCAUUGUAACAUAGCUGUGUGAUACAAAAGUAAAGGCAAAUACUCAAAAAGUCCUGCUCUCAAACACCCACUACUCUUGGGCGGCAGCAACUGCCAUAGUACACCUUAACCCUUAACACAUACAGUAAAAACCAAGGGAAAAAGUUAACCAUUUUUAUAAUUCAUGGCUAGAUUGGACAGAAUGGUUAUUAAGCCACAACCCUUUUACACAUAUUUUAAACAAUUAAAUAACCUUAUCCUUAUAUGUACACCUCCUAAUUAAUAUAAGAGCCUUUUGCAGAUAGUUUUUCACCACCAAUGCUUAAUAUCAAAAAUCAAAUAU